AUGAGGCUUGCAAUUACUGAACAAUAUAGACUUAAAACCCAAAAUAAUAUUUACGAUAUAACAGGCUAUGUUAAUGCAAAAACUCUCGCUAAUUUUACAAGUGCUGAAGAUUUCAUUGGUAAUAAUAUUUAUACACGUGGUGGUGUUAGGGAUAAUUAUUCUAAUAAAUAUAUUAAUGAGGCUAGUAUUAAUGCGAUGAGUCAAAUUAUUCAAAAAGAUUUAACAACCCCCCUUCCAUGGAAACCUGAAGAUUACAUUAUUUUAACUAAUGGUUUAUGUGGUUCAUCGUGUGCCCUAAUUACUGAGCAUGCAGCUGAAUUUAAAAACGUCUCUACUGUUGUUGUUGGUGGACUUGCAUCCAAUAAUUUAAUGUCUUAUUCUUCAUUUACUGGUGGUAUGGUUAAUAAUUCAACUCAAGUAUUCAAUUCCUUAGGUGAAUUGGGUUUAUUAAAUAAUACUUUAAUGCCUAAACCUUAUCCCUUAACUGGAAUGGUUUCCAGUUUUACUAUGAAAGAAGUCUAUAGUAAAACAAAUCCUGAUGAAGUAUUGGACUUUGCGUUUAGACCUGCUGACUUUAGAUUAUUUUAUGAUGAAAAAAAUAUUAGAAAUGUUUCUAUUUUAUGGUCUCAAGCUGCUGCUUUAAUUGGUUCAAAAA